CGGCUCACCCUGAGCACCACAUGACGUCUGAGGCGCGCUCUCCUUUUCUGUUUACUGAAACCCAAGGCCCGGCUUGACGCAGGGGUUCCAGAAACUUGUUUUCAUUUGCGCGCCAGACAGCUCCUGCUGUUUCAAAAGACCGUUAUUAGUGUCAUCACCUGUCCCUGUUUACAGUCAGUCCUGCUGGAUGGCCAGCUUUGCCCUCGCGGACCAUUCCGGACAGGAGCGAGAGGCCGAGAAGGCCAUGGAUCGGCUAGCCAGUGGAGCACAGAGCAUCCCUAAUGGUAGUCCUUCCCACGGUGAGGGCACCCACUCGGAAGAGGAAGGGUUUGCUGUGGAUGACGAGGAUUCUGACGGGGACCUGAAUACCUGGGAGCUGUCAGAAGGCGUGUCCGACCGUCCGCCCAAGGAACAGGCUGCUGAUCUUUUUAACGAGGACUGGGACUUGGAGUUGAAGGCAGAUCAAGGGAAUCCGUAUGAUGCUGAUGACAUCCAGGGUUGCAUUUCUCAAGAGGUCAAACCUUGGGUGUGCUGUGCCCCGCAAGGGGACAUGGUCUAUGACCCCAGUUGGCACCAUCCACCUCCGCUGAUACCCCAUUAUUCCAAGAUGGUCUUCGAAACGGGACAGUUUGAUGAUGCUGAAGAUUGAGUCUGCAGCUGUUUGCCUGGUGGGUGGGCCUGCCCUCCAGAUGAAGGUCUCUCUUCCUUUCAUUGAGGUGAGAGGUCACAUUUGAGGACACAUUCCCGGUGAUCCCCGAGUCGGACACACAGACUGGUGUUAACUAAGGCCCCGAUGUCCUCCAAUUCUGUUGUCGUCGUUGUUUUUCAUGAGGUCCUCCUUGGGACAUGUGAGUGUUUGUGUCUGUGUCAGGAGGAGUUGUGUUCUUUAUAAAUAAAGGUAGAAAAAUUUGA